UUCUCGAAAAAUUGCGCAUUCGGAAAUUAUAUCCUCUCUCAGAUUACGGAUAUUUCCGGCGAGUAACACGGUCUUCGACUUUGUCCCGCGUAAUGGAGACAUUGAUGCACAACGUAAUGAAGUCCUUCCGCGAGGCUCUCGCGAGCGCCAGCAACAUCCUGAUCCUGACCGGCAGCGGGAUCUCCGCGGAGUCCGGCGUGCCGACCUUCCGCGGCCCCGGCGGUUUUUGGCGUAAAUACCAGGCGCAGAGCCUCGCGACCCCGGAGGCCUUCGCGGCGAAUCCCUCGCUGGUCUGGGAGUUCUACGAGUACCGCAGGCAGCUGGCGAGCAAGGUCAAGCCGAACAAGGCGCACGAAGCCGUGGCGGACUUUCAGAAGCGUAAAACAGCGGAGGGUAAAAGGGUGUCGAUCGUCACGCAAAACAUAGACAGGCUGCAUCAGAGAGCCGGGGCGACGGACGUGCUGGAGCUGCACGGCUCGCUUUACAGAACGCGCUGCACCAAGUGCCGCAACGUCGCCGUUAACGAGAACAUUCCGAUCUGCCCGGCGCUGGCAGGAAAAGGAUCUCCCGACCCGAACAUCAUGUCCUCUGAUAUUCCAGUAGAGGAAUUGCCACGUUGCGAGAUCAGAGAUUGUGGAGCGUUGCUGCGGCCUGAUAUCGUAUGGUUCGGGGAACAAUUGGACGCAAACGUGCUACAAAAGGCUUUUGACAUUGUGGAGACAUGCGACGCUUGCCUGGUCAUUGGAACCUCGGCGAUCGUAUAUCCAGCCGCUAUGUUCGCGCCGCAAGUAGCGCAACGUAAUGUACCGGUCGCCGAGUUCAAUAUAGAGGAAACGCCAGCCACAAGACAAGUGCAAUAUCAUUUCCAAGGUCCCUCUUCUAUCACUGUGACAGAAGCAUUGGCGCCUUAAGAAGGUUGAAUGUGCAAUAAGUAAAAUAAUUAAGCUCCUUGUUAGCAUAAAAAAAAUUACCUCACAAUAACACACUUCUGUAUUCAGUCCAAGCCCAUUUAAGUAGUCCAACCAUAAUUUUUGUUUGGUUGACAGUGAAUCACCCGGACCCUUCACUUCUACGAUUUUGUACUGUAAAAAAAGAUAUUACAAUUUAACAAAAUUAAGUUCGUAGAAUAUAAGGCACUCUCUUAAGAUCUGUUUAUAUAUAUAAGCUUCUUAAAAUUGUACAUAGAAAAAAAAGAGAUUGACUUAC